AGAAGGACCAUGGCAACAGCACAGAUAUUUCCAUUUGAAAUACCACGGAAUGAAAAAGAAAAUUAUUUCCGCAUGCACCUGCUCUUAGAGCAUGCAACGGACGUGCUUCGAGAUGUUCUCAGGACUCAGCUAAAAGCAGCUUAUCCGGGACUGUUUGAUCCCAGUAAAACUGACAAACUUUUUGACGUACUUGACAAUCUACAAGUCAAACAUACCUUACUGCUAUUGAAAAAUAGAAAGGUAAGAAACUCGAGUCAAAUGAAACUCCUGUACCCCUCUGGCACCCCUUCAACAACUGUGACAACACAGGACUUAGAUAUUACACUUGCAGUUGUUUUAUUAAGAAACAUCACCAAUCUGAACCCUCAUGCUAAAUGGGAAAACCCACCAGCUUCCGACACCUCCAUAGAGGCCAACAUUGGGAGAGUGAAGACCUACCGCAAUCAGCUCUCACAUGGACAGCGUCUUGGCAUCACUGACACAGCAUUUCAGGCAGAGUUUAAUGCUCUCAAGCAAGUCCUGCUGUCACUGUCCCCAAUAUAUACCAGUGAUGAUUACGACAAGCUUCUUAUUGUGCCCCUGGAUGCUAAAGAUUUUAGAGCAAAGUUUGACCGCUUAUGUGCCAGUGGUGCAGUCCCAGUUUACAGACAGCGAGUAGCUAUUGUUGGUCCCUACGGUGUGGGGAAGACUCAUCUCGUCAAGCGCCUCCUUCAAGAGGAAUAUGACGAAGAAACAGACGCAUAUACACCUGGUGUGAAGAUAUACCGCCAUAGGUGCAUCGUCCAUAAAGACGGCCGAUCUUGUUGGGUCAGAGGGAAAGAUGACCCAGAAGAUCAUCUGGUGCAACACAUGGUAAUUGGAAUCCAGAAUCCAGACGCAUUCCGCCGGGUAGACCAAGUGGACGAAGAGCCACCAGUGAAAUCCCGAAAGGUGGAGAAGGUUAUUUAUAGCAACACUCGGGAGUCAGAAACAGCAGAGACGGCCAGUUUCAAAAUUUUCCAUCCGGACCUUGUGCAAAAAAUAAAGUCAGUUGCUCGUGGAGAACCUGUGGAUCCUGAGAAACAGAUUACAAUUUGGGAUUUUGGUGGCCAAGAUGUCUAUUACACCACUCACCAGACUUUCCUCUCAGAGCAAAACAUCUACUUGUUGGUGUUCCGACUUGAUGUAAACCUCGAUACCAAAAUCCCGGUAUACAGAGGAGAGAAGACGGUGAAAGAGUUCAUAGUGUAUUGGUUGAACUCUAUCCAUAUGCACACAGUUAGAAAAUCAAAAGAAAAGAAGAGCGUCAUCCCACACGUUUUGAUUAUUGGAACUCAUAAGGACAAAUUGGCUUCAGAGGUAGCCGCUGAUGAGAUACUUGGUCAACUCUUGGACUAUCUGGAGGACAAGCAGGAACUCGCAGAACACGUCUACCGUUGUUUUGCCAUAAGUAACUUGGCCGACGUUGAGGAGUUUGAUGAAAUAAAAAGCGAGAUCGAGCAUCUUUGUGGCUAUAGCAGAGACAGAGAAGCUGGCCGCCAAAUGCACCCAGUGAGAUGGUUCCAGUUGGAAUUGGAUUUGGCAAAGAAGAGUGAAGAAAGGCCGAUCAUAUAUAUUAAAGAACUGCGUGAUAUGGCGCGCUUAGUUGGAAUCCGUGACGCGGAGUUAGAUGAAAUGUUUAUUCCUUACCAUCAUCAUCUGGGAGACGUCCUACACUUCAAAGUGGAUGGACUGGAAAAUAUCGUCAUAUUGGAUCCACAGUGGUUAGCAGAUCUGUUUUCUGCCAUCAUGACCCCGCCUGUUAGUAAAAGUGGAAAGGAUCGCCUCGAUUACUUGAAACGAAGUCUGGAAAAAGGAGAACUGAACGAGGAGGUGUUCGAUGUAUAUCUGCAGAAGGAAAAGAUGACCGACAUGAAAAACGAAGUGAUUCAACUUAUGGAGCAUUUUGACCUGAUGUUGGACAUAUCUAAAUCAGUUCAAAAUCCAAUGCUGCCGUCUGGAAAGAGAAAAUUCGUCGUGCCUUGCAUGCUGAAAUCCAAUGACCUGGUGAAAUAUCGGCCUCCCGAGAAGGCUCGAGAAAUAUCUUUAUUCAUUUCAUUCCCUCACGGCUUCUUUCCUCCAGGGCUAUUCCAUCGUUUGAUCAUCCGUCUGCUUAGGAAGUAUAAACCUUACCAUUGUGUAAAUGGCAUCCCAGAUGUUGGUUUUGACCACGCCUCCUUCCGUCUGGAAGACAAAACAUCUGUGCUUCAUCUCUUCACUGCAGAAAAGGACAUUGAACUGGUGAUAACGAACGCUGCCGGCCCACCAAAGCCUCACGUAUAUUUUAAUACACGACAAACAGUUGAAAACGAGUUGUCUUAUCUACAGAAGACAUACUGCCCCAGAAUGCACUUUGGGCACUAUAUCCGGGUAAACCACGGCAAGAUCCCAAUAGAAGCAGAGACCGUUCUAGAAAAGGAUGUCAUAUGUGUAUGUGUAGAGAAUGCGGAAGUACCGAUUGAUUUGAGGCCAUAUCGUGUUUGGUUCUCAGGAGAAGAAGCAGUGAAGAAAGCCCCACUCGUGGCUCGAAUGCGUCUUUCAGAAAGCAACAGUGUCAAUCAUGAGCAAGGUAGGACAGAAGAAAAAGAAAAAGGGCUGCCCCACAAUCAGUCACUAGAAACUGCUUCUGCUCAAACAUCAAGUACGUACUGAUCUGGUAUUGAUCGUGGUCACUGACAUUGGAAUGUUUUAACUACCUUUAUUAUAUGUUGGUAAAAAA